AUGGUACGCCUCGCUCGGGUCUCUGCUGCUCCCUUCCUGCCAAAACCCACAAUUGACGAUGAUAACUCCGAGGUUUGGGUUAUACCGGAAACGAACGAGGUCUUUACCAACUAUGAACAUUUUCUGCAACGAAUGAAUUUUUAUAAACAGAGGCGAUUUAUCUGCGAGAUUACCGGCCACUCCUCCCUGACGUUCUUCGAAGCUUUGACGAGCGAGACCGAAGGAUCGAGGGAAGUCAACAGCGCAUUCCCUGAACCCCUGAAGGAGCCUGUUUUGCGCAGAGUUCAAUUUUCUACCAUUUCGCGAAUAGACAGCCUUGUGGACCAAGUAUUCGAGGAUUUCAAGCAAGAUUUCUACCCUGGAGAGCGCGUAACUGUGCUUCUCACGAAUGGGUCGCGGCUACAUGGCAUCGUCCGGGAGAAGGCAAGGUUCCCGGAGAUUCUUGGGCGUGAAGGCAGAGUCGAGCGUCGGGCAUCUUCCCGUUACUUGGUCAAGCUUCUAAAUCGCCACAACGAGGAGGCUUUGCUUGACGAUGAACACCUUAUCCGCGAUCGGAAAAUAUUCACAAAGCAGAUGCUCCGCUCCUUUAUCAAAAAUACAGUCACACGAGAAUCAUGGAGCGGCGCCCCCUGGCUGGUCAAACCCCAGAUCGCGGAACAUUUCCACAUCGAUACCGAAGUGCCCAAGCAUCUGCAAUACGGCAACAAAGCUGGCAAGAAAGCCAACGUAUCCGCAGAGAAGGAAGAAGAUGAAGCCAUGUUUGGCUUCUUUGCGUCUCAGAAUCGACCGCUGAACUCUAGAUCUGGCAACAAAGGUCAGAAGGCAAAGUCGGCCCACGAACUUGCCAAGGCCAAGGAAGAACAGUACUUGGCAUAUCGACGGGCUCUGAAUGGGAACCCGUCAUUUCGCGUGGAUAAAAAGGGGUAUACAAAGGACACUAUUCCACAUCAUGAUGCGCAUGAAAACUCCUUCCACGAUCUCGCCGUUGUCAUCAAACAGAAGUCUCCCACCCCGCCGCCACCACCAAUUAAAUACCCAAUUGAGGAUCUGGAUCUACCCCCCGUGAAUGACCGUCAACCCCGACCUGCAUUGAAAUUCUUAAAUGAAGAAGAGGGUUCUGGCAUUAAUAUGAGCUCAAUUGGCUCUCUGCUUGAAACUUGGAAUACUUUAAAUGUAUACUGCGAAGUCUUCCAGCUGGACUCCUUCACCUUUGACGACUUUGUGGAAGCAAUACAAUUCUCAUCCGAUGACGUGGACUGCGAGCUACUGGUAGAGAUGCAUUGUGCUGUGCUAAAAACGCUGGUCAAUGCAGAAUCGGACCAGGACGGCGCAGUUCAAAUAUCCCUCCCGCCGCUCCCGGAAGAAGACGAAUCCGAUGAAGAAGGCGAAGAAGAAAGCGAGGCUGAACCUGAGCCGGAGCCAGAGCCGCCAAGACGAACCACAAGAAGCAGCUUUGCAAAGGCACAAGCCGAACUCGCCGAAAUGGAAGAGGAAAAGCCAAGUGAAACUGAACCGGCAGAGGUUAGGACACAUCGUGCCGCCGACAUGUUCGAAGAGUACGAUUGGAUUGACCGCCUACGGAAACGUGACUUCAAGAAUGGCGGCUGGGAGAUCAUCCUUGUUGGCCUAUUGAAUCGCCUGUCCUUGAAACCCAGACUACAGCAAACUUGCGAAGAGAUAUUAAUACACAUGGCGCCCUUGGAUGCAGAACCAACUCAACAAACCGCACGAGCUCAAUAUGCUACCCUAGACGUCAACCUUCGAAUCCAAAUCCUGCAAAUCAUUUGCAUGCUAACGGUUGAAACAAGGGCAGUGAAGAACUACAUGGAGGAAUGUAGUAACCAGAUGACUGAAUUCCGCAAAGAGAAGAUCGAGCUGCAGCGUGCACGGAAAGUAGUCCUUGAGGAAUUACGGGUUCUCCACGAAGAGAGGAAGCAGCUCGAGCCCGAGCAACGGGAUACACCUACACGCCAAGACGAAGAAAUGCUGGAGGCUCAAAUUGAUGCUACAGAUGACACCGAGAGUGCCACUGAUUCAGAUGAGCCUAUCGGGCCCUCACUAAGGGGCGGAGUCGACCGAGCCCUGGAGCGGAAGCGAAGACAAGAAGCAGAGCGAGAAAGAAAGGAACAAGCAACCAAGCAACCCAAAGGCUCAAAACAGUACCAACGAGUGCUGAAAAAGAUGGACGAGGAAAAGAGCAAGAUUGAAACAAUCGAAAGCGAAAUCGCUGUUCUGGAUAAUGACUUGAGGGAGGCAGAUUGCCCACGAACAAGAGUCUUAGGCAAAGACCGCUUUUGGAAUCGCUAUUAUUGGUUUGAGCGGAACGGGAUGCCCUAUGAGGGUUUACCUAACAGCUCCACGGCUGCUGCCAACUAUGCUAACGGGCGCCUCUGGGUGCAAGGUCCCGAUGAAAUGGAGCGUGAAGGCUUUAUCGAUGUCCCCGAAGAAGUUAGCCAAGAAUACAUGCAACGUUUUGGAACGACGGUAGCGAAACGCAAGCGAGCUGAAGAAGGAUCGCCCGGCCUUUCUUCUGCCCAGGAAUGGGGCUACUACGACAGUCCGGAAGAACUCGACAAGUUGAUGGCGUGGCUUGAUACGCGUGGAGUGCGGGAGUUGAAACUUCACAAGGAACUGAAGCUACAACGCAACAACAUCGCCAAAUACAUGGAGAAUCGCGAGAACUACCUUACAGAGGUCACAUCAACGGAUGAGGCCAAGGAGCAGCCGGCGAUGCGCAUGUCGACGCGGACCAAGGCCCAAGCCAACGAUCAGAAACAAGGCUGCCUCAAAUGGCGAAAUCUGACUGCCUUGAAAGAAUGCGGCCAUCUACACGUCGAAUCCGAACGACCCUCGAAACGGGCCAAGAAGGCUGCUGCCCCAGAACCGGCUAAAGAAACCAGAAUGACUAAUCGUCAAGGCAAACCCCUGGGUCGACAGGGGACGAAGUAG